CACACAUUAUCUUUAAUUAUUCCUAUUUUUAUGACCGUCGUGUCAGUUACAGCGAUUCCUAAUGCUGACAAACGUGACCCGAUGGCUCUAGCUGAACCUAACGCCGAUGCGGAAGCCAAUUACUACGGAUACGAUGACUAUUAUAAGAAACAUUAUGGUCAUGGGGCAUAUUACAAGCGUUCUUACGAGCCCUACUACUAUAAGAAACACAAAUAUCAUAAUUAUGGUUAUAGUUAUUACAAGCGUGAUCCGGAACCUAAUGCUGAAGCGGAACCCAAUUACUACGGAUACGAUGACUAUUAUAAGAAACAUCAUCAUGGUUAUG